GAAACCUUCAGUGUAGUAUUUGUGUUUAAUGUAGAUUUGAAGGUUAUGGAAAUGAGUUUUAUCAUUAACAUAAACGAAUUAGCUUCUCUUCUAUCAAUUUUAAUUGCCGAAACAUUUUGUUUAGUCAGUUUUCUCAUAGACUCAUUGCCAGAUCACUGUGUAAAAAUAUGUCUUCAGUGCUUUUAAGUGUAAGCGUGUAAUGUUGCUUAGUGUUAUUCAUCCUGAGAAAAUGAAAAAUGACGCUUUUUCUUAACUGUAAGGUGAAGAAUGAAGCAGGCAGGAUGAGCCGAGGGAGCCGGAGAUGGUUGCUCCUGCUGGCGCUGGCCUCGGUGUUCCUCUACGUCACCUACAAGCUCCAGUCCUGCACCACCUCCUACGGCAAUGGGCCCUACAUGAUGCCCAGGGAGAGUUUUGUAGUGAGUAAGGAUCACAAGGUUUACCACUAUGACAGGCUGAUGCCACUUAUCUUCAUCGGUGGCGUGCCUAGAUCUGGAACGACGCUGAUGCGAGCAAUGCUGGAUGCUCAUCCUCUAGUCAGGUGUGGUCAGGAAACACGAGUAAUUCCUAGGAUACUUCAGAUGCGACAGCACUGGGUCAAAUCAAAAAAAGAAAACUUGAGGCUAGAUGAAGCAGGAGUUACCAGUGAGGUGUUAGAUUCUGCAAUAGCAGCUUUUUGCCUGGAGGUGAUUGCUAAACAUGGAGAACCAGCAGAGAGGCUCUGCAACAAAGACCCAUUGACGUUGAAGGCAGCGGACUAUCUCUCAGGUUUAUUUCCGAAUUCUAAAUUCAUUUUUAUGGUGAGAGAUGGAAGGGCAACUGUGCAUUCUAUUAUAUCAAGAAAGGUUACUAUAACAGGGUUUGAUUUAACUAAUUAUAGGCAGUGUAUGGGAAAAUGGAACGAUGCAAUAAAAACAAUGUAUGAAAAGUGCGCCAGUGUAGGACCCAACAGGUGUAUGAUAGUUUAUUAUGAACAAUUAGUGCUUCACCCGCAUGCCUGGUUAUCUAGAAUACUCGACUUCUUGGAAAUUCCUUGGGAUGACUCGGUGCUUCAUCAUGAAGAUCACAUAAACAAGCCGGGUGGAGUUCAGCUUUCAAAAGUUGAACGUUCAUCGGAUCAAGUUAUAAAACCAGUGAAUGUUGAAGCAUUGACCAAAUGGGUCGGACAAAUCCCAGGUGAUGUGAUUAGAGAUAUGCCCAACAUCGCUCCAAUGCUUUUGAAGCUUGGCUAUGAUCCCACCGCUAAUCCACCCAAUUAUGGAUCUCCUGAUAGUGUGGUAGCCGAUAAUACAAGAAAAGUUCAGGAGAACUCUAUUUUGUGGGCAGAGAAGGCACAACAGUUACUAUCACAGGAACCAAGGGAACGGGAAAUAUGGGAAAAUCCAGAAAAACCCGUGACGGGAUCAUACACCUAUGAAGUUUAAAGUUUGAAAGUUCAUUGUUCACAUUGAUAUCUUACGAAGAGUUAUAAAAUUCACUCGAAGAACUAUCAGGUCAGGACAUUGAGAAAAACGCAAACCCACCAGAUGAAGAUCUGAGCACCCCUGCGUGAUAUGAAUCAGUUAUUGUUUUUGGACCAAUUUGAUUUUUGUGUAUUUCAUAUUAUUUUGAUGAUGAAUGACUUUUUUUUUUGGUUAUUUAAUUGUAUAUAUAAAUUUAAAUAUAUAUGUAUGUGUGUGGAAAUUUUAUGUAAGUAUGCUUGGAUAACAAGUAUACAAAACCAAACAUUGUAUUCUCUGGUUUAUUUCCAGAAGUUAUGAUAUACAAGUUGUAAAUAGUUUUGUG